CAGUCUUCGCUUGACGACCGUAAUCGAUUCUCUUUUCGUUUCAGCGUUUCCUCGUUCGAGGGAAACUCCGAGGGAAACUCGAUAACUCUAGAAAUAGUGUAAUUGCUCGAGCAUAAAGCGUAGCAUACUUCCUCCUGCGCAAACAAAUUAACCGUACGAAAAUACUGACUUUCACCGGGGGGGUUUUGCCGCUUUUCGCUAUCCACGUGACACGCUACGGGACUGUUAUCUCCGUGUAACGUAAGCUCUCCAAGGUUUUACGCCGGACGUCAGUCCACUAAGUAGAAGGCGAAAGAGUGUCUUGAAGCAUGAGAUCAAGUCCGAGCAUUCCAAGAACACCGAAACCGGUCCACGCCAAGUCCGAAAAUUUACACGCGUAUACCGGUACAGCAAGAUUCACUUUCGAAAACGGCGGUAGCUAUGAGGGAGGAUAUCGAGUGGAUGUUGACAGGCGCACGUUGGUCAAGCAAGAUGAAGGAGUGUACGUAACUGAUAACUUGGACGUGUACAGCGGCAAAUGGUGCGAUGACAAGUGCGCCGAGGAUGAAUUUCACAUUCGAUACAACAAUGGUGCGCAAUAUAAGGGUGAGCUCGACGCGGAUGGAGCGAUGAGCGGUAUGGGAACGUACAUAUUUCCCGACGGCUCGUCAUUAACGGCGAGGUGGUCUCGAAAUAGGCCCGUCUCGGAUGUCGUCUACAGACAAUCGUUAGGACACGCGUGGGCGACUGCAUCGAUUUCAGAUAACGUUAGUAUAAACGCGGAUUUACAGAUUAAUAAAAGAGUAGCAUUUAGCACUUAUUCUGGUCUUUUUUAUGGAGUAUUGCUGUUGUUACGCAGUGCGUUACGUUCAUAACUGGGAAUCACUUUUGGAACGAGAUUCGUGAAACGUCUUUGGAAGGAAGCUCUUCUAUCUAACUUUGAUGGAGUAAUCAUGAUUCAUAGUGCGAAUAGUUGUGAAUUAACUUGAGGAACUUUAUUAGAAAUUUAUUACAUAUUUACAAAAUUCUUUGC